CCACAGUCCACCAAGCACUCAGAGGAGCCCUUUGCCACCUACUUUGAUGAGAAGGUCUCCAUUCCUGAGGAAGAGUAUUCUUGUUUUAGCUUUCGUAAACUCUGGGCUUUCACGGGACCAGGCUUUCUUAUGAGCAUUGGUUUCCUGGAUCCGGGAAACAUUGAAGCCGAUUUGCAGUCUGGAGCAGUGGCAGGAUUUCAGUUGCUCUGGGUCCUGCUGUUGGCCACCAUCGUGGGGCUGCUGCUCCAGCGGCUCGCAGUUAGACUGGGAGUGGUGACUGGGCUGCAUCUUGCUGAAGUGUGUCACCAUCGGUAUCCCAAGGUCCCACGAAUCAUCCUGUGGCUGAUGGUGGAGUUGGCUAUUAUUGGCUCAGACAUGCAAGAAGUCAUUGGCUCAGCCAUUGCCAUCAAUCUUCUGUCUUUAGGAAGGAUUCCUCUGUGGGGUGGAGUCCUCAUCACCAUUGCAGAUACCUUUGUGUUUCUCUUUUUGGACAAGUAUGGCUUGCGGAAGCUAGAAGCAUUUUUUGGCUUUCUCAUCACCGUUAUGGCCCUCACUUUUGGAUAUGAGUAUGUUACAGUGAAACCCAGCCAGAGCCAGGUACUCAAGGGCAUGUUCGUGCCAUCCUGUUCAGGCUGUCACACCCCACAGAUUGAGCAGGCCGUGGGCAUCGUGGGAGCUGUCAUCAUGCCACACAACGUGUACCUGCAUUCUGCCCUAGUCAAGUCUAGACAGGUAAACCGGAAUAAUAAACAGGAAGUUCGAGAAGCCAAUAAGUACUUUUUCAUUGAAUCCUGCAUUGCUGUCUUUGUUUCCUUGAUCAUCAACGUCUUUGUUAUGUCAGUGUUUGCUGAAGCAUUUUUUGAGAAAACCAACAAGCAGGUGGUUGAAGUCUGUAAAAAUAGCAGCAGUCCCCAUGCUGGCCUCUUUCCUAAUGAUAACUUCACACUGGCUGUGGACAUCUACAAAGGGGGUAUUGUGCUGGGAUGUUACUUUGGGCCUGCUGCACUCUACAUCUGGGCAGUGGGGAUCCUGGCUGCAGGACAGAGCUCCACCAUGACAGGAACCUACUCUGGCCAGUUUGUCAUGGAGACGUUAAUCCUGCUCUAUAUUUUCGUCCAGGGAUUCCUGAACCUAAAAUGGUCACGCUUUGCCCGAGUGAUUCUGACCCGCUCUAUUGCCAUCAUUCCCACUCUGCUUGUUGCUGUCUUCCAAGAUGUGGAGCAUCUAACAGGGAUGAAUGAUUUCCUGAACGUUCUGCAGAGCUUACAGCUUCCCUUUGCUCUUAUACCCAUCCUCACGUUUACAAGCUUACGGCCAGUAAUGAGUGACUUUGCCAAUGGAAUAGGCUGGAGGAUUGCAGGCGGGAUCAUGGUCCUUAUCGUCUGUUCCAUCAACAUGUAUUUUGUAGUGAUUUAUGUCCAGGAACUAGGUCAUGUGGCAUUAUACGUGGUGGCUACUGUGGUCAGUGUGGCUUAUCUGAGCUUUGUGUUCUACUUGGGUUGGCAAUGCUUGAUUGCACUGGGCAUGUCCUUCCUGGACUGUGGGCACACGGAGCAUCACAUUAUCCUGGAAAAGGCUCUAGAAGAAGCUGACCAAGUACAUACAGAAGACCCAAAUAACCAGGAGAGAGCUCGAGCUAAUCUGGCCAUCCCUAUGCAUGACCCCACUGGGACUCAAACAACGGAAAUGAAGGCUCCAGUUUCUAACAAAAGUGCCCCUUCAUUGCACCGAGUCCUGAGUUUGGCUGGCUCUGCUAUCUGCCUGUGGUUCACUGAUUGA